AUGCAGAAGACCAUCAUAGCAUAUAUUUUAGGCAUCGCCAACCUCUCAGCGGUGGCAGCGUUAGACGCGCAACUCGUCCUAUCUCCGAUCUCCGAGGUCUCGAAUGUAUUGCCCCAGCACGGCGAUCACAGUAUCGAUGAGAGUAUAUCGGCUGCAAUAAAGAACCACCCAGACCCAGUCGCCGCCUAUAUCUCGCUCCAGAGUGAGGAUAGUCGAGCGGAGACUGAAGAGGUACUGGCUGAGCCGCGUCUCUUGCAGAUUAUGGGUGCAGCUAAGCCAGAGUGGAUGACUGAGGGAGACAAAAUGCGACUGCGUAGAAAAGGGACAAAGUUUAUGGAUAUCACUGACCAUGAAGCUUUUUAUGCGGGGCAGACGCACGACGCGGGGGCCAAGAGGCCAAAUACCCCUGAGCUGAUUCAUGAAAGACUUAUUCGAUCUCUCUUCCCCUACAUAGAUACAGGAAGAAUGCUCGAUGUGCUCAAGCAUAUGACCGGUUAUUACAACCGUUACUUCAACGAUAUCCACGGAGAAUUGAGCUCCGAAUGGCUUCAUGAUCAUAUUUCUCAAGCCAUGGACCAGAUCAUUGCCAACUCCCCGCUCGACACCCACAUCUCGCUGGAGUACUUCACCCACUCUUUCCGUCAAUCCUCUAUUAUCGCUCGCUUCGAGCCAAAAGUCCGCAACUUCUCGCAUUCUUUGACUAUCCUCGGCGCGCACCAAGAUUCUGCAAACUACCUGUUCCCACUCCUGCCAGCCCCCGGCGCGGACGAUGACGGUUCUGGCACCGUUAGUAUUCUCGAGGCGUUUCGCGUCCUAGCAGAAGCCGGUUUCACUCCCAAAGAUGGCCCGGUGGAAUUUCACUGGUAUGCUGCCGAGGAGGGUGGCUUACUAGGCAGUCAAGCUAUUGCCCGGUACAAGAAAGAACAAGGAGCGCGCAUUGGCGCAAUGAUUGAGUUUGACAUGACUGCAUUUAUUGCCAAGAAUGCAACGGAGACUAUCGGUUUCAUUUCUACUGAAGCCGAUGCAGUUCUGACGGCCUGGACGGCCAAUUUGAGCAACAAAUACGUCUCUAUCCCUGCCAAGGUCUAUGACCUUCCGGCGUAA